UUGGAGGUAGAGCCUGGGCUUCAGGACCACUGAGGUACCUGUGGCACCUCAGACCCCAGACCAGACCUUAGGCUUACCAGGCCAUUCGCUCCUCCACCCCACUACCCUCACACCAGGGGCAGUUUGGAGCCUGGUUUCCAGCCCAGGCCAGCCUUCUUGCCACCUCUCUUCCCUUCCUUUGUCCCUCCAUGCUGGCUUCUGAAGGAGCCAGUUUGCUUAGAGCCAGUGGAGCCUUCUUGGUUCUAAGUGUGACACCCUGAACAAACCCUUUCUAAGCCUCAUUUCCUACUUUGUCCAAAAAAAAAAAGUGUGUAUGUAACCAGUGUCCUACCGUUGUGAAAUGAAAGGUGCAGAGUGGGCAGACCUCAGGAAUCUGUAAUGUGCCUUUCUGCACCUGACAGCAGCAGGGUGCUCUGCUGCCUCUAGGAGUCCUCAGCCUCCUCUAAUGGCUCUGCUCAUCCGCUCUGCAGUGCUCUUAUACCGCCCCCUCACCAUGCCAUGAGUUGCUCACUUGGGUGCUGGAUGUCCUCAUGACGUCUUUUUCCUCAGCUUCUUGUGAGUCAGUCCCCUCCCAGGUAACACCACGGAGCUGGCAGGUCUCAGAGCUUUUAUGGUCAUCCUACUGUAGCCAGAAAAGGAGAGAAAGUGAGACCCAGAAAGGGGCAGGGACUGUCCCAUGGUCUCGCCACACCUUACAGGCAGCUUGGGGCUAGCACCAGGUCUCCUGAGUACCCCAGGGCUGAAGGUGUGGCAUUAAUGUCCCCUCCCCUCAGCUGGUAUGUCACUUUGGGUACUAUGUCUUCUUUGCAGCCACCUGAGGACAUGGGUCCUUCUGGUCAAGGGGCCCAGCUAAGGGAUGUGCCCUUGAGCCCAGGAAGGGGAGAGGAGCCAGCAGCCCUGGAGCAGACAUCUGACACCAGAGGGGCCAAAAAUAGCCCCUGGAGAAGGGGAAGAAGGGGACUAUUUAAAGGGCCCGGGGAGGAGCCAGGCAUAGCAGAGGGAGCAAGGCUUGAUCAUGGCCACUUCAGAGCUGAGCUGCCAGGUGUCCGAGGAGAACCAGGAGCGCCGGGAAGCCUUCUGGGCUGAGUGGAAAGAUCUGACUCUGUCCACCCGGCCGGAAGAGGGCUGCUCCCUGCACGAAGAAGAUACCCAGCGGCAUGAGACCUACCACCAACAGGGGCAGUGCCAGGCAGUGGUGCAGCGCUCGCCCUGGCUGGUGAUGCGCCUGGGUAUCCUUGGCCAUGGGUUGCAGGAGUACCAGUUGCCCUAUCAGCGGGUGCUACCGCUGCCUAUCUUCACCCCUGCCAAGGUGGGGGCUGCCAAAGAGGAACGUGAGGAGACCCCCAUCCACCUGCGGGAGCUUCUGGCCCUGGAGACAGCCCUGGGUGGUCAGUGUGUGGAGCGCCAGGAUGUGGCAGAGAUCACCAAGCAGUUGCCCCCUGUAGUGUCUGUCAGCAAGCCUGGAACCCUUCGUCGUACCCUGUCCAGAUCCAUGUCUCAGGAAGCGCAGAGAGGCUGAGCAGGACUGUGACUCAGGCUCCACCAUGCCUGCUCUGGGCUGGGCCCUUCCUGGCUAGUACCACAGAGGAAAGCUGCUGGCUGUGGCUGCUUUGUAGUUUUCCCAGAGUUGGGGGCUAUGGGAGAAGGGAGCCAGAGGCCAGGAUGCCUGGGUCUCCUGGAUUCACAAAGGGAGGGGUGCAAAGGUGGGCACUGGAAGUGGAGAGCUGGGGGCCAGUCCAACUGGGCACCCUCAGCCUCAGAAGGGACAAAAGAUGCUGGUGAGGGCAAGAGCCCCCUGGGAACAGUGACCUGGUUCAAGUUUCAGUUACAAAAAAGGAGUAGAAGUGAGGGGAUCUGGAAUGCUCUGGGUAGGAAACUUGGAGAUGAGGAAAGAGGAUGUGAAGAGGGCAGAGGCAGGGCAGGCCCCCAGCACACUCUGUUAGCGCUACAAUAAAUGCUCAACCAUG